CCUUACACCGCUGUUUGUGUAUUCGUCACCACAACAUGGCUGACAGCGUAAUUGUAGAAAUUUCGACGAAACCUCUUGCCUCAAAGUAUGAAGGAUCUAUCAAAAAUCUUGUAUUUUGCACGCUUUGUGCGUGCAUUGGCGCACUCAAUUUUGGCUUUACCAUUGGAUAUAGCUCGCCAGCCAUACCUACUAUGAUAAAGCGAGGUGUUCUUAAACCUGAGGCAUCCGGAUGGUUUGGUUCACUGAUGACGGUUGGCGCUCUUCUCGGAGGACCGUUUGGGGGCUAUUGCAUCGAAAAGAUAGGACGUAAGAAAACCAUUUUGCUUUCAGCACUUCCAUUUCUUGUAGGUUAUGGGGUGAUAACAUCUGCACAAGAACCUCAUCAUUUAUUCAUUGGACGAUUUCUGACCGGCAUUGGCAGUGGCGCUGUUACCGUGUGCGUACCCAUGUACAUAGCGGAGAUUUCAACUAAAUCUAAGCGAGGAGUGAUGGGCUCAUGUGUGCAGCUUAUGAUCGUCAUCGGAAUAUGCAUCGCAUAUAUGCUACCAGGGGUUUCUUUUGAAUGGAGAGAGAUGGCAAACGUCGGUAUUUUCCUCGGAGCUGUAACUAUCAUCGGAGCAUUUGCGAUUCCGGAAACCCCGCGAUGGUUGCUAGCGAGAAGCAAAAAACUGGAGGCUGCUCAAGCAUUGGCUGCUGUGAGAGAUUCACAUGCAGAUGUUCAGGAUGAGCUUCAUGAUAUUGAAGAGGGAUUGGACAUGCAGGAAGAGUUAUCCUGGGGUGAAUUUUUCAAGCGGCCAGAACUCAAGCGGCCUCUUAUUUUGUCUAUUGUGGUGAUGAUGUUUCAGCAGACCAGCGGCAUCAACGCAGUUAUGUUCUACUCGACAUCCAUUCUCGAGACAGCUAUUCAAGACAAGGCAUAUGAAGGAACAGUAAUAAUUGGAUUUGUCCAAGUGGUUGCUACACUUGCAGCCUGUUUACUGAUGGAUCGUGCUGGUCGGAAAAAGCUGCUGGUAAUUGCAGGGUCCGUGAUGGCUUUCACUCAUUUUCUGUUUGGUCUGUACUACAGAUAUUUGUUUAACAGUACUUCAUAUAAAGUACUUAGUACAUGGUUUCCUAUUGUAUGCUUAACUAUCUUUAUUAUUGGCUUUUCUUUGGGAUGGGGCCCUAUUCCAAUGCUUAUUAUGUCUGAAAUUUUCCCUUCUCGUGGUAAAGGCACUGCAGGAGCUAUUGCCAUUUUCUGUAACUGGCUGACAGCAUUUCUUGUGACCAAAGAGUUCCUGACAAUGCAGGCAGUCCUAGGAAAUGAUGGGGUUUUCUAUUUGUUCAGUUUGUCAUGUCUGUUGAGUGUGUGGUUUGUGGCAAAGUAUUUACCAGAAACGAAGGGAAAAUCUCUUGAAGAUAUUGAGCUGUAUUUCCUUGGUCGUAGCACAUUGAAAGUUUGAAGUGUGAAAGGGUAAGAGGUGAAAGAAAAAAAAGUUUAUAGGUUGUAAAUUGUGCAUGUGGGAUAUAUUAUAAUGAAGAGACUGCUUCUAGAGUAAACUUUCGACAUUCUGGCCAAAUAGCACAAUUUUAAGCCUUUGUCCAUCAUUCCUUUCUUUGAAAGAAUUAUAUAUAAUGACAUAUACAAUCAGAGUUUUAUUUUCUGCUAUUA